UGUGGAAAAUUACGAAAAUACGAGACAAAUUUAUAAUGACGUAUUUGGAAUACAACUGCCUAGUAAAUCAGAUCUUCCCGAAACUCCGGAAAAAAGUUUGAAUCUGAUAAACUCGAAACCAGAUAUGAAGUGUGUGGUCUUCUUCGAUCCAGAAGGAUAUCGAGAGAAGAUGCUACCAAACAGCGAUGCAAAAAAUAUAGACGAAUAUUUUGUGAGAGCGAAAAUCAUGCAAGACAUGGUGGAAUCAGUUAACAACACCAUCAAGAAGUUCUGUCCUACCGACACGUACCUCGCUAUGCAUUGGCGAAAUAAAACGAAGGAAUGGUGCACCGAAAAUUCUGAGCACUCGGCCACAUGCGACUCGUUGAAGGACAAAGUCGCCGAAGUUACACGAAUGAUAGCCGAGACUGUAGCCGAUGUCAUGAAACAGUCUAAAAUACAAUGUGUAUAUGUUGCCCAUCCCAUAGGUUCUGAGGAAAUCAUACGAUAUUUGAAUGAAAACAUCCAAGCAAGACGACGUAUUUUCACCCAAGAUGACCUGAACAUACGAUUUCCAGAUCCAAUGGAGGACGCCCAAAUGAAGGAACUUCUGGAAGAAGAACUCUGUCAUGGUGCUGAAACAUUUAUUGGAUGGCCGAAGUCAAUGUGGUCACAAGCUAUCAUUCAUCGACGAGAUAUUGAAGGAAAGAAGAACCUAUAUUUUGAUAGUUUACCUAACCUUGCCAUUGUCACAUCUGAUUAUGGGCUUGUAUUUGAUAUUGUCUUUUCCUAAAUGAUGUUUUUGUGGAUAUUUUACCAUCACUGUCAUUGGUAAUCUCAGCCAUAAUGUGCACACACGAACGAUGCGUCGAUGUUAGCUCAAGUGUGAUUGUUAUCCUAACAAUAUGUUCGAC